AUGCCAACUCCAUCACCGCCUCAAAGAACAGACGCAGCGGUAGAUGCGAAUAUACAGCCUCCCGCCCAUCCCGUCGUCGACGUAGAAGAUGUCGAAGCCGAGACCGCAAGCGAAACCUCCGACUACGAAUCCACAGCUUCAUCAACCGCCAGCGUGAGCUCCUCCAUCUUCGACUACCAAUACGAAAACGGCCGACGCUACCACGCCUUCCGCGCAGGCCAAUACCUCCUCCCCAACGACGAAGCGGAACAGGACCGUCUCGACAUCACCCACCACAUCUUCCGCUUAUGUCUCCAAGGCGACCUCUGCUUAAGCCAACCGUCCCUCGACGACCCCAAACGAAUUCUCGAUGUCGGCACAGGAACCGGAAUCUGGGCGAUGGAGAUGGGCGACGUCUUCCCCUACGCCGAAAUCCACGGAACAGAUCUCUCCCCCGUGCAGCCUUCAUGGGUCCCUCCGAACGUGCGGUUCGAAAUCGACGACGCGAGGGACCAGUGGACGUAUCCCCCAGACUAUUUCGAUUUCAUCCACAUUCGACAAUUAGCCGGGAGCAUGCUCGACUGGAACGAUCUAAUAUCCCAAUCUUACCACCAUCUCCGCCCCGGUGGCAAACUCGAAAUCUCCGAAGGCCGCGCGAAUUUCUGGUACGCCCAUGAUUCCGUCCUGUUGGAUUCUUUUACAUUUCAGUGGUUGAUGGAGUGGCGGCGGUUGUCCUCAAAGAUGAAUUUCGACGUCUUCCCGAGUCUGCCCUCGCUUGUCGAGAAUAUGGAGGGUUCGAAACGGUUUGAGAAUGUGCGGACGGUGGAGAAGUUAGUGCCUUUUGGAAGUUGGCCGAAGGACCGGAAGUUGAAGGAGAUUGGGAAAUACUUUCGUUUUCAGUUUCUGGAGAGUGGACUGGAUGCGUAUACGCUGGCGCUUUUCACGAGGGUAGGGCAGUGGCAGGAACUGGAGAUUAAAGCACUGUUGGCGAGGGUCAGGCAGGAGAUGAAUUCGGGGAAGAUGCAUUUAUAUACCUUUUGUUCAUUCUUGACGGCAGAAAAGCCUCUAUGA